GGAGAAUCCGGUUUACUUGUUGGUGCGUUGGCGCCCACCCGACACUGUCGCCAUGGACAUAGUCGGCCUCCCACCCCCUCUGCGGACCCACGUGUUCCGCCAUCUGGCCGGCGCUGAGCUGGUGCGUGGCGGCGUGUGCGAGGUGCACCCUGACGUGGCGCUGCUGCAGCUCGUGUGCCGUGAGUUCUUGGACCAGCUCAACGAGGAGGUGGAGGACUUGUUCUUCGACGAAUCUGUCCCGGGGGCCGUCGACAAGGGGCGGCACCAGAUUUUCAAGCAGCCAUGGGCACCCACGUACCCCCGGCUGCGGCGAUUCCACGGCUCCUUCGACACCCUGGACGCCUUCGAGGUGCUCAUCGCAUUCCCGCCCCCGCCACACAUCCUCUCCGAACUCAGCCUCUCAUUCGAUCUGCCCCGCAAACCACUGGUGCAGCUCCUCACUCGCGCCACCGUCAAGAAACUCGACGCCCGGCUGCGUGAGCCAAGCGCUGCCACGGCUGCUGCUGCUGCUGGUGCAGCCGGUGCUGCGGGUGCGGGUGGUGCGAGCGACGUGUCAUCGCAGCAGCAGAUCAGCCGGGCGGUGGUGAGUGGUCCCGGGGUGGGGCGGCCGGGGUAUGCGGUGAGCGUAUGGGGGCAGCCCGAGGGCGCGGAGCAUCCCGGCAGUACUGUCGUCCCGCCCGGCGCCAUGCGGGCCAUGCGGGACGGCUCGCCACCGCCCGCCGCUGCGGGGGCUCAGAGGGCAUCUGUGGCUGGGCCGGGGACCGUCUCGCCGGUGAGCAAACGAAAUGGGACCAACCAGACCAAAAGCAUCAUUUACCUUCACUGCGUGUGGUGCGCACGUCUGUCUGGGCUGUGUGUGCUGUGCAGUCCAGCAGCAGCCCCAUGGCAAAUCGUUCGUCAUCGGUGAGCGAUGCGGCGUCGGCACCAGCGCCCGGCCCUGCACCUGGCCCUAGCUCUGCUCCUGCCCCGGAACCGGUAGCAGCACCAGCACCAGCUCCGUCGAAGGGCAGCAGCAGCAACGGCAGCAAGAAGGGUGGCAAGAAGAAGGGCGGCAAGGAGGCGGACGAGGAGGUGGAGUUCCCCGUGUGCCAACUGGAGCUCGAGGACCUCAGAUUAGCAGGUCAGCUAGUGGGGGGAGGGAGGGAGGGAGCUGCACGGUUUCAUUCAUUCGUUGCGUUGCGGUGGGUAUGUGAUGUGAUGUGAUGUGUGGUCCGGUGGUCAGAUUCGUUGGCUGACGAGACGUUGGGUUGGUUGCUGCGGAGCACGUCGGUGCUGCAGUCGAUCCACCUGCAGACGGCGCAGGGGCUGCGGUCGCCCGAGCUGGCUCUCAAGAGCGAGAGCCUGACGACCAUAUCGCUCUACUCGGUCAACUUCCUCACCGACAUGCAACUCAAGCAGGUCCGCACACAACCAAUGCAAUGAAUGAGGCACACAGACAGACACACGGAUAUCGUGUGUGGGUCCAUCCAUCCAUCCAUCCGUAGGUUGUGUUGUGUUGUGUGCUGUCCAGAUCAUGAAGGCGUGUCCUAAUGUGACGUCGCUGGAGAUCUCCAAGUGCAGGUCCAUCAACUUCAGGUGGGGAGGAUGGCACCAACACACACGCGCGUACAACGGCGCCAUUCGACUUACUUGUCUGGUGACAUGUGUGUGUGUGGUCAGUUUCCUCGAGUCGAACCCGAAGCUGGUCCGUCUGGCGCUGCUCAACACGCGGCAGCUGACGGACCAGACACUCACAGAGUUCUUCAAACACAAACCAUGUCCCGCACUCAAACAGCUCGACCUGUCCGGUAGGUGCGGUACGCACAUCACAGGCCAGGCCACACACACACAUGAGGUGGAGUGGAGUGGAUACGGAGGAGACUGUGUGUGUGUGUUUGGUGUGUGUCAGGUUGCAAGUCGUUGUUGAAUCCUGUGAUAUCUAGCCGCAGUGUGGAAGAUCUGCGGCUGCUGCACUGCCCACAGCUGCAGGACACGGCCGUGUCGGCCGCAUUCAACCACUGCCCUAACCUCAGGUGGGGGAGGGACCACACAGACACACUCACACUCACGGCUGCGUACAUCGUGAUGUGAUGCCUCUCUGUCUCUCUGUCUCUCUCGCUGUGUGUAUGUCAGGUCUGUGAAUUUGCUGCAGUCGUCUGUAGAGGUGGCGCGAUUCGCAUCCACACACCUGCACACACUGGUGGGCACAUACAUCGACUCUAAACCACGACGAAGCCAGCGAGCCGACAAAAUCGACUGUGGUCUGUCUGUCUGUCUGUGUGUGUGUGUGUGUGUGGAUGCAGGUGUUGGCGACGUGUCAGAAGUUGCGCGACGAGGCGGUGACAGACUUGUUCCGCCUCUGCCCCAACCUGCUAGCCCUGGACCUGGGACACUGCUGCCAACUACAGGUGCACUGAAAGACAGAGGCAGCCACCCAUACCACCAUGGAGGGUCUUCAAACGGUGCUGUGCUCUACUCACAACGACGUGUGUGCCUUGUCUGCUGUGGUGCGGUGUGUUGUGUUGUGCAGGAGCCCGUGAUGAGCCACCCGAAGCUCGAGAAGAUCUACCUCACCUUCUGUGUUAACAUCCACGAAAUGUACCUAUCUAUGCAUAUCACCUCAACCACCCACACGAGCACAGAGCCGGAGACGGCUUGUGUGUAUUGUGGGUUGAUUCCCUUGAUCAGAGCUGUGGAGCGUUUGUUCACGUCUUGUCCCAACUUGAAGCACGUCGAGUUGGCCGUGUGCAUGUUCGACAUGUCCAGAUUCGUCGGACUCAAGUAUGUUUGUCGCCCUCCCCAACACACACACACACACACACGGUCGCCGAUACUCUCUGUAAUCAAUCUGUGUGUCUGAUGUGACGUGUGUGUGGUGCAGGGCUGACUGUGAGGUGGUGACCAACUUCGACUUUAGCUGGAAGGGCAGCUGAAUGCCUUUACUGAGUGAGUAUAUUCGUUGUGGGCAGUGGGAGGGUAUGUUGGCAGCGAGAACAUCUUACCGCGGGCUGCUG